AUGAAUUUGGGAGAUGCUAGUUCGAUGGAUAUUGAUGAAGAUCUGCAUAGCAGGAAGUGUGCUGUGUAUGGUCGAGAGACCAUAUGUAGGCUCUUUGAUGCUAGAAUUCUUAUGCCGAGGAUGCAGGGACUUGGUGCUGAGAUUGUGAAUAAUCUCAUUCUUGCUGGUAUCAAGUCUGUUACCUUACGUGACGUAUAUGAUCUGUCUAGCAGUUUUGUGUUUGCAGAACAACAGGAUAAUGAAUACCAUGCACAAGUACCUAACAAAAAGGAGAGGAAAUCUCUCUCUCUCUCUCUCUCUGAAGGUUCACCAGUACAGAACUUUCCCUCUACUCUUCAUCUUUACCGUCAUCACUAA